AUGGCAAACGCUUCGCCCAUCAAAUCUGAAUCAACUCCGCUGUACUUGCCAACGCCUUACAUUACGCGGUGGAUCACCUAUGUCGAACGGUUAUUUAUCAUGCAUAAAUGGGUGCAGGUGGGAUCGGAAGACACCGAAGUAGCGGGAUGGUACAGAUAUCAUAAGCUGAUCACCUGCUUACAUGCCCUUCCCAAUUUGGGGGUACUCCCCACCUACCCACCGUGGGAGCUGUAUGAUACUGGAUAUAGUCUGGCUUAUCCAAAUUUUGAAAUUGGUGCAUUUGGUGUUCAAAUUAGUAUUAAGAACAAGUUUCUAAACAAUCUUGGGGUCUUCCGUGUCAUUUUCAACCUCACCGCCGCCCACACCCCUGGCCCUGCAAGCUUAUACGUCAACAGGAUCAUCUUCCGUCGCUCCAAGCACUUCCCAUGGCAGGAUCAAAACAAGCGUGUGGACACACCCAGCUGUGGGCAUCGUUUGUGCUGCAAACACUGCAUCGUUAACAGAGGUUGUACUUCCAAAUGCACAUACAUGUACCACAGUACCUGCACCUGUACCUUCUGCUUCCUCCACCUCCACCUGUCAAUUUUUUUGGCUGGAAGUGGCUGCAAAUCUUGUAACAUUUUUGCAUGUGUAUUUUUGGACACAGGUCAGCAAUAA